AUGGCAGCCAAAAACUCUUCUGUGACAGAGUUUAUCCUCAAAGGCUUAACCGACCAGCUGGGACUCCGGAUCCCCCUCUUCUUCCUGUUUCUGGGUUUCUACAUGGUCACCGUGGUGGGGAACCUGGGCUUGAUAACCCUGAUUGGGCUGACCUCUCACCUGCACACUCCCAUGUACUUCUUCCUCUUUAACCUCUCUUUAAUAGAUUUCUGUUUCUCCACUACCAUCACUCCCAAAAUGCUGAUGAGUUUUGUCUCAAGGAAGAACAUUUCCUUCACAGGGUGUAUGACUCAGCUCUUUCUCUUCUGCUUCUUUGUCAUCUCUGAGUCUUUCAUCCUGUCAGCGAUGGCGUAUGACCGCUACGUGGCCAUCUGUAACCCACUGUUGUACACGGUCACCAUGUCUCCCCAGGUGUGUUUGCUCCUUUUGUUGGGUGCCUAUGGGAUGGGGUUUGCUGGGGCCAUGGCCCACACAGGAAGCAUAAUGAACCUGAACUUCUGUGCUGACAACCUUCUCAAUCAUUUCAUGUGUGACAUCCUUCCUCUCCUUGAACUCUCCUGCAACAGCUCUUACAUGAAUGAGCUGGUGGUCUUUAUUGUGGUGGCUGUUGACAUUGGAAUGCCCAUGGUCACUAUCUUUAUUUCUUAUGUCCUCAUCCUCUCCAGCCUUCUACACAUCAGUUCUACAGAAGGCAGUUCCAAAGCCUUUAGUACUUGCAGUUCCCACAUAAUUGUAGUUUCUCUUUUCUUUGGUUCUGGUGCUUUCAUGUAUCUCAAACCCCCUUCCAUCCUGCCCCUUGAGCAAGGGAAAGUGUCCUCCCUGUUCUAUACCAUAAUAGUCCCCAUGUUAAACCCAUUAAUCUAUAGCUUGAGGAACAAGGAUGUCAAAGUUGCCCUGAGGAGAACUUUAAGCAGAAAAGUCUUUUCUUAA